UUAAUAUAUAGAGAUGUCUUGGAACACGUCAUGGUGUAACAUUCCGGGCAUGCGCACUAGUUUCCUGUCAGCGACAUAACUCACAUAACCUACGAAAGCAAUAAAGGAAAACAAACGUUUUCGCGUGUCCGGGGACACGUGCUCUUAUUGGCUGUGUAAAAUCAGACGAUCGCAAACCGGUGCAGAAAAAAAUGUGGCCCGUUUGAAAUUAAAAAAAUCAGAUUCAAAUUCAGUGAGCAACAAACCGGUUUUCGGAACAGCUGUGUAGUUAUUCUUCUACGUUAAUUAUAUCGGAAACUGUAUUCGAAGAUGAACGACGGCGGGACCAAUUGAAUGUGAUAAAGAAAAACUUAUAUAUUGAGUGCUUUAAAAAAAAUAACUAGUUUAUAGUGGCGAAAUAAUACACUACUCGGAUUUGUAUAAAUAAUAAAAAAAAAAACGGAUUGAAGUAUUUUUCGAAAGGUUCUACAAAAAAAAAAAAACUAUCUCAAAUCAUUGGAUAUUCUAAAUUCGAAUAAUUGAAAUUGAAUGAUUGAAAAUACGAACGCUGACUUUUUUCUCCUAUAGUGAAAGAAGUGAAGACGCGUAGGAAUAAUUAAAAAAAAACGGGUCUAAUUUACCGUAGAUAAAAGUGUGAAGUGUUUUUUUUUAAAUUGUGAUAGAGACUCAAAGUAAGUAUUAAUAAAUAAUGACGUUGAAGGAACAUUUAACAAACGGACUGUCCAAUCCAUCUGAGCCUCAUUCGAAGCUGUUUUUGAUGAACGAUAGUUCUAGAAGGGAGUCGAUCAGCGGUAGUGUGAUGGACGGGCUGACAAUAGAGUCGAGUAAAGCAACUUACACCGUGUACAAAAUAAGGUGGCUGAUAUUGACAUUGUUCGUAUUGUAUUCAGCUUCGAAUUCGUUCCAAUGGACGCAGUACGCGAUAAUCGAGGACACGGUACUGUCUUAUUACGGCGUCAGUAGCGCCGUUGUGUCUUGGACCUCAAUGGUGUACAUGAUUACGUACGUGCCCCUGAUAUUCCCUGGAAGCUGGCUGCUGGACAAGACGGGUCUGCGGGUGACAACGAUACUUGGUGCGUUCGGUACCUGCGCCGGAGCAUGGCUGAAGGUGUUCUCCGUGCCCCAAGACAUGUUCUGGCUGGGCUUCGUGGGUCAAACGGUGGUGGCCAUCUCGCAGGUGUUCAUCCUAAACGUACCUCCGCGGCUGGCGGCCGUGUGGUUUGGGGCCGAUCAAGUGUCGUCCGCUUGCAGUAUCGGCGUUUUCGGUAAUCAGUUAGGCGUUGCUCUCGGAUUUUUGCUGCCUCCGAUGCUGGUUAAAUCGACCGGUACUAUGGAACAGAUCGGUCAUGAUUUCCAGCUCAUGUUCUACCUGGUCGCCGGCUUCACCAGCGUCCUUUUCGUCUUCAUACUGCUAUUUUUCAAAGCGGCACCACCAACCCCGCCAUCAGCGGCUGCUGAUCUUGGCUCAACUAUCGACUCUAACUUCUUGCAAUCGAUCAAGACGCUACUAAUGAACAGAAACUACGUGUUGCUGCUUAUCUCGUAUGGCCUGAACGUCGGUACGUUCUAUGCUAUCUCGACUCUGCUCAAUCGAGUCAUCCUGACUUAUUAUCCGGGCGCGAGUGAAGACGCUGGACGAAUUGGGCUUGUAAUCGUGGUCGCGGGUAUGGCCGGCUCCGUCGUUUGUGGUCUGAUCCUCGACAAGACGCAUCGGUUCAAGGAGACAACCCUGGCGGUUUACACGUCCUCUGUCAUCGGCAUGAUCAUAUUUACCUUCACAUUGGAUUGCGGAUUGAUCGGCGUGGUUUAUUUGAGCAGCAUAAUACUUGGAUUCUUCAUGACCGGCUACUUGCCUGUUGGCUUCGAGUUCGCUUCCGAAGUGACGUACCCUGAACCAGAAGGGACCACCUCCGGAAUACUGAACGCUGUUGUACAGGUGUUCGGUAUACUGACGACGCUGCUGUACGGCUGGAUGCUGGACGAGGUCGGCGACCGCUGGGCCAACCUCACGCUGUGCGCGCUGCUGGCGCUGGGCGCCGCCGUCACCGCCGCCAUCCGCUCGGACCUGCGGCGCCAGGCGGCACAGAACAAGGCCUGAACGAGGCCCCCACGCGCGGUCAAAAGCGAUCUGUUUUAAGCGCCAUUUUGGAACGCAAGUCAAUAAUUUCGUUAUUUCCUUCAAAGACGAGGCAUAUAUUACUUUCAACUAAAGAGAUUGGCUUAUGGGACCUACAGACGAACUUAAAAUCAAUUGCGAUUGCGACAGCGGUGGGGAGGACCCUAAGGCUCCCCGCGCACUAGGCAACCUGGCUGCGGCAACCGAAAUAUUUGAGCAGCCAGUCAUAUUAGCCAAUCGACGCCAAUUUAUGAUCUUUUCGUCGAGCGAUUUGGACUUUAUCUCGUAAAAAACGCAAAGCAAAGAAAAAACACUGGAUUCAUUCUCUUUUUUCCAGAACAACAUUCAAAAGACUUAUAUAAUGUUCAUACAUAUCCAAAACGGUUUUUUUAAAUACAAGAGAUUGUACAAGCAUACUGUGUCAUAUAACUAACAUUUGGUAAAACGAAUAUGCAUUGGCUCUUACAGCAAGUGCGCGGGGACUGACGGCAGCCACAUACAUUCGCCGACACUCGCUCUGGCUGCGCGCAGCCAAGAGUUCCGGGCUACUUAUGUGCGCGGGCUCCUAUAGAACGCCAUAUAUUCAUCUGGCUGCCGUAACCAGGCUGCCUAGUGCGCGGCGAGUCUAAAUCAGCUCGUGUAUAGGCAAAUCGUAACCCGGUUUUUAUUGUUUAACCUAAACUCUAAAAUCGCUUCGGGCGAGCUCACGAUUUAGGGACAAUUAUCCCCACCACCGCUGUCCCAAUAUCGCCACUGAUUUUAGGGUCGUGUAUAGGCCGCUUAAAAUAACGGUUAUAUUGAUACGCUUCACGUUUGGAAUAAUUUAAAAAGAGCAUACAAGAACAGAUACCUUAAAUUAUAACCUCGAAAAGUAUUUUGGCCCAAAUUGGUUAUUCGUAAUUUCUGAACUGUAAAUGUUAAAAUACUAAAUGGCGCUGAAAACAUAUAAGCUUUCGCCGGUUAAUAUUAUGAUCACCCUACCUAUACGAGGGAACCUAAGCAGUAUUCUAGUUUGUUCUUCGAUCGUAAUGUUGCCUGUUGUGAAAAAUGAACUAGGCAUUUAGUGAUAUUAAUAUAGCUUCGUCAACAGACAGAGUUCUUAUAUUCUUCUGUGAUGUACCAUGCCGUGGUGACGACACGGACACUGUAGGCCCAAUAGAACAUAAUAUGUAUAAAAAAGUUUGGAGACAUUUUAAUGAAACGGUUUCAUAAUUAUUACAAGUUUUUCUUGAAACAUUCCCUUGAUUUGAAGUCCUCGAUACUUACAUAAAGAGCCAACGCUGUUCCAACUGCAUACAAAUUCAAGUUAACUUUUACGCUAUCGAGAACGUUAAAAAAUUCGCACUAAGCACACAGACGUUCUGGUUAAGAAGCGGGAUUGAUUAUUAUUAGUUUUAACGAUCCGCGCACCAACACGCAAAACGUUGCUCCGGGAGAAAUAAUAACAUUAUAUUUAAAACAAAAUCAGAGAAAUAUCAAACCGUUUCUUUAGUGUACUGCAAGCCCGCAAUAUUAUCAAACAUCUAACUUGUAUCAUUUUGAAAUAAAUAUUGAAUACAAAAUGAAUACAAAAAGUGAAUUCAAAGAAAAUCAUUACUAACUGAACAGCAUAGUACGAACAAUAAUAUUUGUUAAUUAAAAUGUCUUCUGAACUUCAAGAUCCUAUAAAAUAAACGACAUACCUAUAAUUGAGUCGACUAUUAUCAAAGCCGGCAAUGUGACUUUUGGAUAAUUAUUGGUAAAUCAGAAAAACGAAUUAUUGACUUUGUAUUCCAUUGGCAGUCACAAAACUCUUCUGAACGACAUCUUAGAUAAAUAACAGGUUAACUAUUAACCUUUAUUUAAUGAAGGUUUUGAACCGUAUUCUUUGAAGGAGACGAUUAUAUUCAAAUCAAUCUGUAUUGACAUAUCAAUAACAUUUUUUUGUCCAAAUGCACAGAUUGCCACCUUUGAUAAUAGACGACUCAAUUAUUCUUGUUACAAAUAGGCCUAUGAAGCCUGUGUAUUAACUUAUUGUAUUGAAUCUACGAUACGUCUUGAAUGUUAUAGAUAUACGAGUAAUAUUUAUAGUAUUAAAUAAAUAAAUAAAUAAACCCAAAGUGCAACUGUGACAAUAAAACGUGUGACUUUAGAUGUAUGAAGAUAUUUUGAGAUAGAUGUUUACGCAGAACGUAGAAUGGUCGUAAAGUAAUUUAGCUGCUAUGAGUAUUUAUGAUUAUUGAGCAUUAUCAAAACUUUCGCGUUACCAAACCGACACCGGCCCGAACAUGUGGUAGUACGACGUCUUGUGAGUCCGCACGGGUAGGUACCACCACCCUGCCUAUUUUUACCGUGAAGCAGUUAUACGUUUCGGUUUGAAGGAUGAGGCAGCCGUGGUACUGUUAAAACUGAAGCCUUACAAGUCAUGUCUCAAGGUGGGUGUCGGCACUUACGUUGUAGACGUCUAUGGGAUCCGGUAGCCAUUUAAGACCACAUUGGACCGUGAGCUCAUACACCCGUUUAAACAAUAAUUAAGUAAAAAUGUCUGCGUGUAUACGAACAAAAACUGACAUUUGAGACGAAACUAUACGAUUUCAUAUGAGAAAUCAGAUUUUUUUCUACGGAGCCCCGAAGAAGUACAUUUUCUUUGAAAACAUUUGUUAACAUUAAAAAAGUAUUUGUUCUAAAUAAAAGAUUCAUCAGGAAUUUUUGGUAAACAUUCCAGUACCUAAUAGUUUAACAGUUAUACCCAAUGAUGGCUUUACCGAUGUCUUUUCUCAUUUGCAUCAAUGUCUGUGAUCAUUUGGUAUUGAUAAACGAAACCACCAACUUAUCGCUAGCUAUCUAGUACCUAGUGAGUGCUAUUUGCUAAUUCAAAUAGUUUAAUAAGUAGGUUCAUAAUGCACAGGGAAUACGAUCAUAAAGCCGAGACGCUUUUAAAUUAAAAUAACACUAAGCACAGCAAAAGUAGCUGGAAGACGCACCUCCGCGACAGUUGCGUGAGGUCGUCGACCCCACGCAACGGCUGAACUCUAGUUGUAAUACACUGCGUGCAAUUCAAAUUUCGUUAUUUCAAUAUUUUUUUUAUUCAUUCCCCGUUUUUAUGUAUCCUGUCGUGUUUCAUUUCCUGGAAUUCUCUUACACAUGCUAUUCCAGCAAUUUUUGUAUUUAUAAAUAUUGUUUUUUUAGAAUUAACAGGCUUAGAUGUAAGUUUCAUAGAAAUGUAUGUAACCUUAAAGGUUCCUUAGUUUUUUUUCGUAUGAGUACCUAUUUGUGUGUUCCUUUGUGUUGUGCAUUUAGCAAUCAACUGUUGCGACAGAACUUUGUAACAAAUUUCAGAGGCUAUAUGUUUGAAAUUUGAAAAUAUAAAAUGAAUGCUAUAAAAACUCAGUAAUGUAUCUAUAGCCUUAUUUAUUUAAUUUCUAAUAACAUAUAUGUAUACUUAAUUUAGCUAAGGAAUAUAUUGUUGUAUUUCCGAUGGGAUGUAUUCGAUUCUAAAUGCUUAAGCAUUCAAAGCGCAAUCCCAAAAUGGCUUAUAGUAGAAACAGUUUUUUUUAUUGUCCUUGUAGGCAGACGAGCACACGGCCCACCUGAUGGUGAGUGGUUACCGUCGCCCAUGGACUUCAGCAAUACCAAGGCGACAGUAAUCACUCAGUACCUAUCUUACAUUAUUUUGUGCUACUAAUUAUUUUUCACGUAAUCUCGUUAAUUAUAAUUUUUUUCUUAUGUAUUUAUUUCUAAAAUAACCGAAAUUGUUACUUAUUUAUUUUAAUUUAAACCCAGUUAUUAUAAAUAACAUUAAUACUAAUCAACACCCUUUGAAAAAUAAUCAGUUUUAAAACAAAAUAUGUAAUUAUAAAAAAAAAAAAAUUAAAAAUAUGUUACCUAAGUAGAUUUUCUGCUUUAGACUGUGAUGUACAUAGUGAAUAUAAUUUUUGCUUUAAUACUUUAGCGGUUGUUACUAAAAUUUGCAUUGUCGUUGUUUUAAAUCUGUUAUACCAUUGGCAGUCUUCGUGGAGACUUCAAGAUCUUCACUAUUAUAUCACUAGUUCACUAAAUUUUAUACGUAGGUAAUAAAAAGAAGAGUGCUUGUAUUUUUUGCGCAAAACAGGCAUUUUCAACACAACGACGUUGUGUUCAUUUUAAUUUCAUACAUAAUAUUAAAUUGAAUAAUGUUGUGAAAAACUACUGUUUUUUUUUAAUAGAGAGAGACUAGGUCAGCAAAUAAGGUCACCGCGCAUCAUUCGUGUCACCAUAUUAAAUUAGGUAGUUUGAAAGGCACCACUCACCCUUAGAUAGUACUUCGCUCGAUUGCAAUAGACAAAUGGCUAUCUCUCUCUUUAGAGAGGCAUGCAUGAUUGCGUCGUGACGGGAAUAAAGCAGAUGGAAGGGUCAUAGACCAUAGCUAAUUUAUCGAUAACGAUAGAUUUACUAAAUUCCUAUUUAAUCUAAUAAAAAAAGCGGCUCGGUAUUCACAACAAACGAUAAUAUAAGUGGUGUUUUGUCACAACUAUGUGUAUAAGUAGAGAAUAUUCUUUUUAAUUAAAUAUAAUUUUAAGUUAAGUAUCAAAACUUACUUGAAAACCAAAUUACCUAGCCAUGCAUUUCCUAUUAUAGGUAUAAAUACCUAAGGUAAUGACUAUCCCAAAAACAGUAUUGCUUUAUGUAGUCUAAUAAUUUACAAUAAUGUAAUAUUUUUGGAAUCUUUUAUCUACUAAGCUAAUAGUUGACAAAAGAAAAUAAAACCAGUCUGGUUUACUUAAACCAAACACAACAAGGCAAGCUGUAUUAAAAUAAUUGUAAUAAUCUGAAAAUAAUGUUCUAAAAGAUCAUCUUACAUGAAAUUUAAUUUAUGCAACACUAGAAUUUAUCAGUUUAUAAUAGCAUUGGAAGCAGAAGCUUUUUUAAUUAUAAUUUUAGGUAUACUAUGAUUAUUAAGACAUUCCAGUUUCUGGGUGCAAGUGUUAAUGUAGCUAUAUAACUUAAUAAAAUCGUUGUUGGUGAAAA